CAGACAGCGUGUUGUGCAGUCCACCUCUCACGGAACUCGGCAACAUAUAUAAACAGAAGACUGUCCUGUAAUUGUCACAUUCAGUCGGCAAUACUUGGUUCCAGCAGCACCAUGUCUAUUCAUACGGUCUCUGUAACGCUAGCGUUCCUGACUGCAGUGACGUUUGCGCAGUAUCACCACGCUGUGGAACAAAAUCAACUUCCUGUCGAACAUCACAUAGAAGAAUACCACCACGCACACCCCAAGUACGAAUUCAAAUACGGGGUGAAGGACGAACACACACACGACAUCAAGGAGCAGGCAGAGAAACGUGACGGCGACAAAGUCGAAGGCUACUACAAGUUGGUUGAACCUGAUGGCACCACUCGCACGGUCCACUACACUUCUGACAAACACACCGGGUUCCACGCUCAGGUCGUGAGGUCCGGACACGCCAUUCAUCCUAUUCAACAGCAUCACAACUAAUAGAUCAUCAGAACACAUCUAUAAUUCCAGCACGGUUGUUUUCUCAUUUUAUCAUAAAGUUUCAGUGUUUUCUCAUUUGUAAUUUCAAUGCGUCAUUUCAUUUCGACCGUUUACCAAAUAGUAUAACAAGUAUCUGAACUUGUCACCGGGAUUCUUGGCCGUUUCUUUACAAUGGUAAUGAGUAUGACUAAGCCUCCGUUGUAAAAUAAAUAAAUCGUUAAUGCAGGCCUCGCCGUACUUAGGGCACUUCGUGACUUCCUAUAAUUGUUCCAUCAUUCAUCAGUCAGAAUUGUUGUAUGUUUGAAUUGUUGGCCUUGUAAUAAAAUUGUUGAAGUUAA